AGACAUAUCUUAAUCGGGUUUACAGGAGUCAACAUGAAUUUAAUCCUUCUGUCCACGUACACCAUUAUUUGCUGCAUCCUGUCCAUGAAUCAUCUUGCAUGUUUUGAAACACUGCCAAAACCUACUCUUCAGUUAUAUACAAACGAUACAGAUGAUGUGAUUGUGGUUGGAGAUAGUAUUUGCUUUGUCUGUAAUACUACAUUUCUUAAUUCAGACAGAUUUAUACUUUAUAAAAACAGACAAGUGAUAGCUCAACAAAGUGAGCCCAAAUUUGACCUUUUUGACCUAAUGAUCAAUGGUUCUGGAGGAUACACCUGUGAAUACUGCUACCAAUUAACAUGCUCACAAUCUAGUGAACCAGAAUUCAUCUUUGUCAGAGAUACUUUUCCAGCACCUGAAAUAAUUGUGAAGCCAAAGUUGAUAGUUCUGCCAGGAUAUCGGCUUACUGUAACAUGUAUGGCUCCACGUACGAGCAUCGUGUUUCUAAUUUACCAUAACCAAAUGUUAGUAAAAGAAGAUGCUACUGAUGGAAACGAAUCAAUGUAUGUCAUAGACAGUGCAAGUGAGAAAGAUAUGGGUAUAUACAUCUGUUUCUACAAAACCAAACCGGACCAUAAAUAUGAGAUUCAGUCCUCGAGGAGUAACCCCAUGCAGAUUCUAGUAAAAGAUCUGCCUAGGCCUUCAAUCUCUUUUGACUUUGUUCAGAAUGAGAGUGAAAAAGUUAAUAUCUACUGUGAAUCCCCAUAUCAACACAAAGGCAAAAUGUGGUUUCAGCUACUGAACAGCAGCAAAGAUAUAGUGUAUGAAACCGAAAAAGAAAAAAACUACGCAGAAUUCACCAUUUACAGACCAGAGCAUUUUCAAAUGAAAUAUUAUUGUGUUUAUCGUAUACGCAUCAGGCAAGAUUUUGCUGAUUCUGUGAUCAGUGACCCUCUAAUCAUCAGUGACCUGAUGAACUUUACCACGGCAAAUAUGAUUCGUCUGCUUCUCUCGGUGGUGAUUCUCAUUCUCAUUGGAAUUAUCAUUUGGAAUCACUUUAAUGAUUUUCAGAAAACAAAAGAAUUCCCUGCUAAACUGCCUACUAUUCAGGACAAACUUGACCGAUAUAUUGAAGAACCACAUGUGGUGUCUGAAAGCAAAACAGAGGAAUAGACUGUCGUAAUGUAAAAUGGUGAAACAAACCCUUUGUUGCUUAAAUGUGAAUUUACGCACUUUUUUUCUUUGUCAACGGAUAUGCAGUGCAAAGUCUGA